CGCCUCAUUGUAAAGGAUCCGAAUUUUGAGUGAAUAUACUCUUACUUUGCAUUCUCUCUCUCUAAACUUCACAUAAUUUAAUAUAUUCGGUGGUUUAUAGCCAUCAAAUUGGUGCUUUCAUUGACGACAGAGAAACAUACUCGUGGGUUAACUCCCGGAAGCGAGAAUGGUGCAAACAAGGAGCAACAUCCCCACCACCAGCCACGUCGUCGGCGAGGAGAAUGGCCCGAGCAGCGGAAAUGGCACAGGAGGGAUUACCUCGGCUCUUGACGCGGUCCACGUACUGUUCGGUAUGGGGGUGACCGUGGAGCAACUCCAGACUGCCGUAGCAGCCCUCUCUGCCAUCGCGAGUGCCGAGUAUCGGCCUUCAAGCGCCUGGGGGGCGAGGAGACUCGUGUGUCGACUUUCGACACGCUCAAUCGCGGGCAAGCGGAGGCAUGCCGAGGAGUCAGCAACCUCUAACGCACGCUCGGCGAGGCCCGAGCGCACCGAUGGCCGACGGGACGAGCAGACUCAGCGUCGCCAAAGUCCCACGAGGACCCAGAAGACGAACCCGUCUCGCGCGCGAGAUUGCCGAGCUCAAGUGCCAAGUAGAGACGAGAACGCCCUACAGCCAACCCAUCCCGCGGACCGUGACCCCGUUCACUCCGAGGGUUAUGUCAGUUCCGCUGCCAGCGAACUUUUGGCCGUAGCAGAUCAAGGCCUACAGCGGAACGACGGACCCCCAAGAUCAUCUGUUCUAUGCCUCGAUGGAGGCGGCGGCAACCCUAGACGAGAGGACCAGGCCUUGGUGGCAAUGUUCCAAGCAGCCCUUCCUCGGGGAGAAGUGAGAAAGGAGCUUCGCAAGAAUCCUCCCCCCACGUACCAGGAAACCUUGGCGCGCGCUAAGUUCUUGGCGUUGAAGAAGUUCGAUGAUGCUCCCGACUCCGAGGUCGCACCGGCCAAGCGAGCUUCCGUGGACUCGAGAGAGGACGCAAAGAAAAGGAAGAAGAAAAAGGACUACACCGCGGGCCCCGGGAUGCCGUCGGCCGGAGUAUACUCCGUAGGGGCGCCCGUGGGGACGGGUCGAGAGCUGGCCCUCUCCCCGCUCCCUCAUAUGGAUACCUACGCGGUAUCCGGCGGCAGCAAAAGCUCAGUAAAUAUAAUGUACGAGAAGACAUUCCAAGACCUCAUCCUGAGUCGUAAGGACCUAAGGCUGGUGCGCACUCCCCUCUCCGGGUUCACGGGAGACUCCAUCGAGGCCGAAGGAGUCAUCACGGUGCCCGUGAUAGUAGGGGAUGGUGCGCACAAGGCCAAGUUGAAGAUGGAGUUCAUGUUUGUAAGCAUCAACUGCGCGCACAACAUGAUCCUAGGACAGCACGGCCUUGAGGACCUGGAGUGCGUGAUCUCCCCGUAUUACCUAUGCAUGAAGUUCCCCACCCCCUCGGGGAUCGAGGUGGCAAGGGGAGAUCAAAGGCUAGCCCGCUCGUGCUAUGUCCGGAACACGAAGAAGCUACCUAGAAAUGAGACGUUAGUUGUGCAUGCUCAGGAGGAAAUGAGGAAGCAGGAGAUGUGGCCGAAGGCUGAGCCCGCCGAAGAGGUCGAAGAGGUACAGCUCGACCCUCAUAUACCCGAGCAGAAGGUGAAGAUAGGGGCGAGCCUGACCGGAAACCUGCAGAAGCACUUGGUGGCUUUGCUCAACACCUUCAGCGCGAUCUUCGCAUGGGAACCCAGGGAUAUGCCAGGAGUGGAUCCUAAGGUUAUAUGCCAUCGGUUGGCGGUCAACCCGUGUCCAGGCCGGUGAGGCAGAAGAAGCGCUUCCUCUCGUCCGAGCGGAGGGAGUUUGUCGCCAAGGAAGUGGCUACCCUCUAGAGUAUUGGGC